UUGCAGUAUGGAAAAUGCUGCUGUGCUGUGAUGAUGUGAUCUUCAUUUAUUCUUCUAUUUUGGUAUGCAGCUAGAAUCACAAGCAUACAUGGAAUGCUAACUAUAAUUGUAAAAGUCUGGAAUAAAGCAGUAGAAAGAGCUAGAGCCUGACUCUAGCUAGAGUAGAGGUCGAGGCGCUAGGUCGAUUUAGGAGACUCUCGAUAGCCCUGCGCCUCUCCCGUGUUGGACUUGGAGAUUUAGCUUACAAAAGAACAGAAACUUCAAAGUUACAGGACCAACAGCAAGGCCAUUUUCUCUACCAGUACCAAUUGUUUUGCUUCUCUCAGCUUUAUAGGGUGGACAAUUUGUUUGUACAACCAUGAUCUUCAUUGGGAGGUUCCUCAAUAUCUACACUGUUGCCGGACUCGGAGUCUUCCUCGCGGCCUCGUGUCGACUCGGGCUAGUGAGCUCUUCUUCACCAUGGCUCUAUCUUGGACUAGGACUUGUGGGCUUCAUUCUGGGCUGCUCCCUGGUCCUGUUCUCUGGGAAGAUCAAGAAGCCCCCGAUUACCCAUCAGCCCCCUCCGACCUUCCAGACGUUGGUUACCAAGAUUAUGGAGUUGAAAGGUCGCAGGAGAAGACCAGGAAGACGGGUCGUCAUAUCACGAAACAUUGACAAUGCCAUCAGAGAACUAUUUCAUCUGGCGGUCAGGGACUAUGUGAUGUUCUGGUACAAUACUCUUGGACAAGAUGGUGCUACUUUUACUGAUGCUUUAGAAAAUGAUAUGUGGGAGGUGGUCCAUAAUAUGGCAAUGAGACUAAAAAGAAUUGACAUGGUGCGCUUCCUGUCCAGUGAUGUUGUGUACAAGCUUUGUGAUCACUUCCAGAAGCUGAGGGAAACCAGUGUAAGGGAAGGGGAAGAGCCCAAGAUCUUCUACCUGCACCCAUCCCUAGCCAGCGAGGAGGCGGAGACGCAGUUCUUCCGGGAGGCGGUGGAGGUGCUCCUGGUCCUCCUUCUUCCGGAGAGGCUGGCAGGGUGUGAGACGGCGCGACAGCUCCUCAGAGAGAUCUUCACCUGCCAAGUGUUGAAGCCUGCCGUGGACAUGCUGUGCAGUCCACACUUCAUCAACACCACAUUCCUCAUGCACCUGGAGAGGACCGAGAAGCUGGUGGAGAAGAGCAAGCGAAACUACGCCUACGCCGCGACCUACGAAGAGUUCAUCAAACUCAUCAACUCGACGAGCGAUGUCGAUGAACUCUUGCAGAUCAGAUACCAUAUUUUAACUGAGAUCAUGCAUGCUACGGUCAUAGAGGACCUCAAGAAAACGAGAGGCGAACUGGAAGGGGAGAAGGGACGAACAAAAGGGAACAAGAAAGGGGAUCUACUGCAGGGCAGGAAUCUCAAGCGAUACAUCAAUCAGAACAAUGUUGCUAAGGCCCUGUGUGAGAAGCGCUUGAAACUUCUUGGAGGACCUCACUACCAGUCCUACUGCAAGGGAUCAGGGUCAGCAGGGGGCCAGGAAGAAGCCUACCAGACCCAACGGCUCAUGUCUCUGGAUGAGAUCCUCGGGGAUGGAAAGAAGAGGGACUGCUUUCUGGCUUUCCUCAAGCAGGAAGGAAAAGAAGACCUCUUGAAUUUCUGGCAAGCUGUGGAGAGUUUGAAAAGCAGUAAAAAGCCUCGUGACCAGCACAUGAACGCCACGACUGUGUACCGUACCUUUGUUGGUACUAGCAGUGUAGUCAAGGUGGAGAGGCAGCUCAUACGAGGCAUGGAAGCCUUCCUGGUUGGCAAUGCAGGACCCAAUGCUUUCUACGAUGCCCAGCACAAGAUCUAUCAACUUUUGGAUCAGGAACACUACCCUACCUUCCUCGUGAGUGAGCACUACGCCAAGCUCUGCGACGAACUUGCUCCAAAGACGGAAUCAGAGGACUUCUCAUCCUCAGUCAGAGAUGAGCUGCAAAGCAGCUUCAGAGAGGAUUCCUCCAACUCGAGCCACGAGACUUCGGAGUCCUCGGAGAGUCUGGUUGACCAGAGGAACACGGUGGAGAGCACUCUGCAGAGGAUAGAGGAGAAGCUAAGCAACAAGUCACAGGCGCUCUCUAAUCUCAAGAGCACGCAUGGGGUCGAUUCUAAGAUGGAGCAACUGUUGGAGAUCGAAAUAGAGAAAUUGAAACUGCAGAAGAAACGGGUGGAGCUUUACAUCGAGCAGACGGACCUCUGGACAGAACAUAUUGAUAAGUGGAGGGUGGACGUCUGCGUCCCAGAUAUCCAGGAUAUAUCUGAUGGAAAAUCCGAGAUUUAUUUUCUGAUCGUUGUGCAUCCCACCGAUCCGAGAAUCCCCACAUCUGGCUGGGUGGUAUCAAGAAGGCUGGGAGAGUUUCACGAUCUUCAGAACAGACUCAAAGAGUGCAGUCACUGGUUAGCUAAGGUCAAGCUACCACAGAAUAAUAAGAAGCUAUUCAACAGGGAAACCAUGAACGAGUUCUUGGAGAGAUCAAAAAACGAGCUCCAAAAACAUCUGACUGCUAUACUAGGAGAUGCUACCUUGAGACACAGUGAAGCGCUCUACUCGUUCCUCAUCCCCAAACCAAACAUCUUGAUCGAUGCGCCUGUCCAAGAGGUAAAGAAAGGUGGAUUCUCAUUGGCCAGUAUCUUCAAGAUAUCCCAAACGGAAGAUGAUAGAUCUAAUCUAGGAGAUAGUGAUGCUGAAGAGGAGACCGCUCAAGACAGGAAAGAUUCCAUUGCAGAGCCUUUCUACAGCUUGAUCAGUGAGAUCUUUGAGCUCCACGGGAUGUUCCGAUGGCUGAGACGGACCCUCAUCGUCUUCGUUCAGGCCACCUUUGGAAGAUCCAUCAACAAGCAGCUGAGGGAUACGGUAGACUGGCUGACAUCGGAGUCCAUGAUCCUCUUCUACAUCAGGUACUUCAAGGAUUCCAUGUGGCCCGAGGGGGUGCUGGCCCCGCCCCAGCAACCCCCGAGUCUGGAGGAGCAGAGGGCUACGCAGAAGGAGGCCAGGGAAAAAUUCCUGCAGAAUCUGCCAGAUUUUCUUCAGAAUCUCCUCGGGAAGCGGAACAGUCGUCUGGGAGCCAUCAAGAUCUUUGAAGCCCUUCAGGACACCAGGACCACCAAGCACAUCUUUUAUAAUGUACUGGAGCUGGCUCUCCUGGAGAUCUGCCCAGAGCUCAAGGAUCCUAAGCUCCUUGAGCAGCUGGAGGAGGAGGAGGGCAGGAUGGCUCCAGGUGGAGCAACACAGGAGGAUCCAAAAGGAGGAGCCAGGAGCCAUCAAGGAGAUCCCACAAGAGAGGGUGUGCCCCUGGCUGGAGACGAUGGCGGUCUCCCAGCAGGAUCUGAAGGGGUGCAAGGAGCAGAAGGUGGAGCCGAGAAGGAGACGGGCGGAGCCAGGAGAGUCGAGGGAGUCAGAGAGGGAGACCAAGGGGACCAGGUGGUGAGGCAGAGGAGAGGUACUGUGGAGGGCAAAGAAAAGAGUGAUGGAGAAGACUGAAUGAUGAUUGAUAUGCAACUCCUUCUAAAAUGUGAUGUAUCCCUUUAACAUGGUGUUUUACUUUUGGGCCCUGUCUUACAAUGACGUACGAUUGAUCGAAAUCAAUCGCAAGUUUGUAAUCUCCUAUCUCUUAUGUACAUAGUAAAUUGCGAUUAAUAUCAACUCUUUGUAAGACAGGGCACUCGUAACUUAUUUUGAAGGUCUUCAAUAACUUUGCAUUGUUCAGUUACGAUACACUUGGCUGUUUCUAAUGUAAUUCAAUUCCUAAGGUGCACAUGGUAUGUAUAGUGAUGUCUAUAUUUUUGAUCAGUUUCUUCUUUCAUUAAGAGUUGUCCAUGGACAUUACAUUUGAUAAUGGUUUCCACAGCAUGGCUGUUGAUAGAUACAUUAUGUGCUGC